AUGGUUCAGUUCAUGGUGAAGCCAGGACAGGCUACCGUGAGGUGUGAUCAAGUCAAUGAAUGUUUGGCUUCUUGCAUUCCUUACCUUACCUCAGGGGCCGGUAAUCCCACGGCUCAGUGCUGUGGUGGUGUGGGGAGACUCCAGAAAAUUGCUGAGACCACCGCAGACAAGCAAGAGGCCUGCAACUGUAUUAAGCAAGCUGUUGCUGGUUUCCCACUCUUAAGGAAGAUGCAGCCUCAACCCUCUCUGCCAAAGGCAAUGCUCAAGUUCAUUUCCCAAUCACCAACAACACCAAUUGCCAAGCGAUACACUGAGAUGGGAAGCCACUGGGAAUUAAAAGAAAUAAAGCUGUAA